CGAAUGCGAAGAGUAACACGAGACCAUUCCCGACGAGAUCAUGGUGUCUGCCAGAUGCUACUCGUGGUGGUGUUAGUGAAGGAUGCCACAGCCGACUCUUCUGUCGUACUUCUCUAAGCCGACGUCAACCUCCGCUGGUGCGCACAACGUCGUGGGUGCAGACGAACACCUUCGCGUCAAUACAGCACACAACAAUUCAUCCAGCAAGACAGAAAGUCAGUCGAACGAACCGAGUAUUGUAAGCUCGCUUCUCGACCAGGCUUCUGCAUCCAGGGCGGCCAAGACAACCUCGUCAGAACCCACUCCUGAUAACACGAAAGACGCCAAUAUCAACGGCACCUCACACGACUCUAUCACCAACGUCUCUCUGGGGGCAAUUGAAGGGUUCAGCAAUGCCGAUAAAUUCGCUCAAAUUGUGGUAGUUCCACACCGUCCAGAGGCCGUCAUCGUUCCCGUUCAGCAAGCCCAUCUCCCAGCUAUUCAACGCCUGACCAGCACGACAUUGCCAGUCCACUAUAAUCAGUCAUUCUUCACUUCAACACUGACAGACCCAGUUGCAUCUCAGUUGUCUAGAACCGUGCUGUAUCACUCCGAACCGGUGGGUUGGAUCAGAUGCCGACUUGAAUCUUGCUCGCCGACCACCAACACAGGUCUGAGUAAGAACGCGCCGUCGCAGAUCUAUAUCCAGGCCCUGGCUCUUCUAGCACCCUAUCGGAGUCUCGGACUUGCCACCUCUCUUCUGGAAACCGUCCUGUCAUCGUCAAUCGCCAAAUCAUCAGGGACGGUGUGCAUCUACGCUCAUGUGUGGGAAAGGAACGAAGAUGCGUUGGACUGGUACGCCAAACGUGACUUCAAGCGUGUUAUGCUGGUCGACAUGUACUACCGAAAACUCAGGCCUGCAGGGGCAUGGAUCGUAAGGAGAGAAUUGAAUUGGCCUUGAAGCAGUUACCACCAAUUCAAGAUGUGAUGGUCUGGGAUGAUUAGAGAGCAAAAACAGCUCGAGAACUAUCGCCCUCGCGAAGUACAUCGAAGCUUUCACACCAAGAAGGGCCGAGGAUUCCAGUGACCGUUCUCGGCGAGCCACUAUGGCCAUCGAGUUCCUUUCCACAUAGACACAACCCAGCUCCAGGUCGUGGUCAGGCAUUCUGGAAAGGAAGCAGUAAGAGACUUCAAGCCGACGUUGUACGCCAGCUGAUGCUCUUAAGUCAUUAUAGCUUCUUCACGACGUCUAUCACCGCUAUAGAUUCGGCAAAACUCGGCUC